AUGGAUUUGCUCCUGACACCUGGAGAGCUCGAGCGCUAUUUCGACCACGUUGGAUUGCCCUACAAGUUUCGCAAGGAACAAAAGCCAUUAUUGGACAUUACGCUGUUAACAGCCUUGCAUACUCAUCACAUCUCGACCAUCCCCGUACUACGGGCGUAUGGCAUUCAAGUGUACCUCACUGGGGCGAGACCAAGACUUCGGAAGAAUGGUGUCCCAUAUGGCGAAUAUCAGGGAUGGAGGCACGUAGUCAAUAUCAUCACUCUCGCUAAUGGCACCAGAUGGGUAUCCGACACCGGUUUUGGUGGUGACGGAAUGCGGAAGCCCAUGCCGCUCGUCAGACACCAUAUCACGCAGAAUGUCGGCCCACAGGAGAUCCGCUUUGACUAUGCGAGCAUUGACAAUGCAACCAACACCUCACCACGGAAGCCCGAAGUCUGGAUUUACCAGUACCGCAACGGUCCGGAGCGACCGUGGAACUCGUUCCUCUGUUUCACGGAAACUGAGUUCAUUCACAAUGACUUCGAGGUCAUGAACUUCUACACCAGCAAGUCUCCGGACAGCUUUCAGACUGUGACGCCGGUAGUGGUCAAAUUCCUUCGUGAGGACAACGAAGAGGGUGUGGGAGAGAUCUACGGCAAGCUGAUGCUGGUCGGUGGUGACGUUAAGGAGAACCUUGGUGGGAAGACUCGCGUGAUACAAUCAUGCAAGUCUGAGCCCGAACGCCUGAAAGCUCUACAGGAGUUCUUUGGAAUGGUAUUCACGGAGGAAGAGCAGGCUGGCAUCAGGGGAAGAGUUUCAGAGUUGCUGCCAAACUGA